GUGACUUUUAUGAGUUGAUGCGUUGCAGUGUUUUGGAAUGUUAUGUGUACGAUCAACGUGUUUUAAGUGUGGGCCAUGCAGACCAAAAUGGAUGAAAAUGGUUGAUAAUUUGUAUUCUGGCAGCCCUCAGGAUACUAAUAACCAUAAUAAACUCAUACAUUAUUGCUUACACCAGCCUGAUAAGCUGGAUCGAAUUGCCAAGUACUUGCACCUGAGACUCUCACAGGAUCUCAGUAGGCGUUAUGAUCAAAAUAUAUCGAUAUCCGUCAAAGCUAUUGACAAACUAAUCCAAGUUUGUCAUGGUCACAGACUAGUUCUGGCUAUUAGUUUUUUGAAAAUGAUUCAACUACUUCUGGAGACUAAUCGCAUGGACCUACAAAUAAUGGCGUCUAAGUCGUUUGUAGAGUUUUCUAAGAUAGACGAUGAUUCUCCCAACUAUCACAAGGAAUGUAAUGAGAUUCUUGACCAUUUUGCUGCUAUGGCUCACGCAUCUUUUCUCAACCCACAAGAGCGUAAUGCUGUCAGAGUGGCAGGUAUACAAGGAAUCCAAGGUGUUGUUCGUAAAAUGGUCAGUGAUCAACUGAUACUGGAAGUUCACGAGUCGAAUAUGGACAAAAUCGUACUUCCACUCCUAUUCAAUAUGUGUGAUAAGUUUGAACUAGAUUCCAAUUCAAAUGAAUCGCAAUGUGAUCCUUCACAAGAAGCUGUAUAUGUGUUCGAAGAUAUUGUUAGACAAGCUUCUUAUACAAAUAUCAAACCUGUGGUAACAUCUAUUUUAACGCAUUUAGAUAAUCAUAAAUUGUGGGAUCCUUGUGAUUUUCCUUUACUCAUAUUUCAAUAUCUUUUGGAUUCACUCAAGACAACUCAGGUGGCGCAUAGUUUAGUCAAACAAUUAGUUGCUCAUCUCAGCUUACAUGAAUCCGACUUCACAUUGUCUGAACGUACAAGUUUAGUUCAGGUUAUCGGACUAGUUGUAAUUAGUUUAGCAAAGGGAGCGAUCGGACCAGAUGUAUUUCAUAAUUUCAAAUCAUUACUUCAAAUCUUAAAAGCAAGUAUUGAUAAAACUUCACAAAUAUCUGAUCCUGAAAAACCUUCAUUUAAUGAUUCCAAUCGAAAAUUAUCUGGUGAACGUCAGUUUCAAGAGGCAAUUAUCAAUACCAUAGCCGAAUUUGCCAAAAAUCUUCCAGACACGCAAAAAAUAGAAAUAUUGAAAUUUAUAUUGAAUUUUGAGCCAAUGGUUAAUUAUCAUCCAGAGUAUGGUGAUCGUCCGAAACCGUUAAUUAUGGUCCUAUUACAAACUAUGCUAACUGUCGCCACACAAUAUAAAACAGUUGCUAUAUCGAACGCAUUGAAUUCGGACUUUCUAAAUCUUUUAUUACGUGGUGUCGCUAUUGAUCCAGAUCCCGUCAUACGAAUAAUUGUACAAAAAAUACUACAUACUUUAAUUGAUCGACAUGGGAAUACAGAACAGUUGUUGACUGUUCGUAUUUACGGUGAGAAUGGAUUAAGCAAUUAUUUUAUUUUGGAGAAGCCAGAAAGACAAGAUAUUUUAUUCAUGAAAAAGACUGGUGUGUUAUUCAUUGAAAAUAUCUAUCAUCAGUUAUUAGAUCCUAGUAACAAAGUAGACAAUUUAGAAUAUCUGUCAUGCACUGUUGGGUUGGUUGCAUUAGAAAUGGGUGCAGAACAGGUUAUUACAGAAUUGUUUCGUUUAAUCUUGGCAGUUCAAACAAAAAUCAUUGAUGAAAAUACUUAUAUGCCGUUAACACAUCGCUGUGCUUUACAUGCAUUAUUAGCUAGUACAAUAACACUACUUGUUCAGUUGAUUAAUCUUCAAUCACUUAGUGAACAUAUUUAUACUGUUAUUCAACGUCGAAGAGACAUAGCACCGUGGUUACUGCCUUCUGUUGCAUUUAAUCGAACAAAUACUGUGGAUAGUUAUCCAACUGAAUUUGAAAUAAAUGAUGAUCUAUUGUUUUCAUCAGAUAAAAUAACUGAAUCACUAGUAAAUGCUGGUUAUGAUACUACAGUUUUGUCAAUUCCUUAUAAUCCGAUUUAUUUACGAUUAUAUGAUGGCAAAUCUCCUGAUCCACUUAUCGAUGGUACCAAUUAUCCACGUGUAAGCGGUAAUGAACAUUUUACUAAUCAAUCAGUGUGUUAUGGUACUGUUGAUGAUAAAAAUUCCAGUAUUGUGAACUCGGCUCCUGGUGCACGUAUGAAUUCAACAUGUUUAGAUGGAACAAUGCUAUGUCGUGAAAGCAGUCUUGUAGAAAGCGGUACAUGCUUUGCUCAAUCUGGAAGUAGUUUUUCGCUAACUGAUAGCCUUUAUUCAGUGGCAGAUUCAACUAAUGUAAGUAUUAUCAUGGUUGAUGUUGUAUUUAUAUAAAGGUUUAACACAAACUGAAGAUAAAUUUUAUCACGAUCGGCGAAUGUUUGCCAACAGAGAGACAUGUUUUUACUUUAUUUCCAGUACGUAAUGAGACCUCAGUAAUACACAAUGAUAAUUCCAUACAGUCUAACGCCGAACACCUUCAAAUCUCAACAAAAAGUAAUCUAUUCUGUUAAUCAGUAAUGCCUUUUCCAAAUAUAAAAUUUCUAGCGUUUUAUUUCAUAUAUUGUGGCGUGCAAAGUCAACGAAGUUGAAUAUGAAAGAAAGUAAUAAGCAGUUGACACUGAAUAAAUCAAAUUAAUCCCUAUUAAUUUUAAAUUGUUCAAAUUCCCCCUCUUCAAUAACAUACUAAGUUUUUCAUUGUGAAACCUGCGUCAGCCCUCAUGGAUACGAUCCUUCACAGAAGAUUAUCGAUGUGUACUAUUGUUAAGUUCAAACCUAUUGUAACUUGGGUCAACUGACAUUUUUACUGAGCUCCACGUUGAUUAUUGCUGAUUGACCUGUCACUUUGUUUGAUUAUCCAAUUUGUUUUGUCUUGAAAAGUAUCUGUCUCCAAAUCUUUUGAGUUCAUAUAUAGACACACAAAGUGACUGAGGAAAAAUGUCAACAAGUAAACAAUUCAUCAAGGUCGAGUGAUUUUUCGAAAAGAAUGUACUGCACUAUAAAACAAGUUUUGAAGAAAAGAAAUUCUUAUUUAAUACAUAAAAGGAAAUUAUAUUUGUGAAAUUUUCAGCAGUUGAAAUUAAGAAUAAUUUCAAUGUUCCCCGUGACAGUUUGGUCUUCUUCAGCAAAUAACUAAAGAACGAAAUCGCCAAACAUAAAUAGGGUUCACAGAACAACUAUACCAAAACAUUGUCCAAUCCUGUUAAAAUGGUGGAUUUGGAUUCUGUUAGGUGUGAAUAUAAAUCUUUGUAUGUCCACAAAUAUCCCUCGAAAUAGUUUCCAGUGUCCCGGGAAAAGACUGAAAAUGUUUUGUCCACCUACUAUUGACUAGAGACUUCUAAACAUCUAGAAAAAUAAAGAUUGGAUAAUUACCUAGAUUUUUACUAUAUCCAGUUGUGGAUGACUAAGGUCACAUGAAAGUAUGUAAUUACAUUGCAUUUUCUAUACAGAAUUAUGCUUGUAGUAAAGCUGGUACUGACAUUUAGUACAUUUUCUCUAAUGUUCGAGUUGCAGCGUAGAAAUUACCGGGGGUUAUAGAGAGCGUCUUGCUAGUCAGUAACAAAUGUUCAACAAGCAGAUCUGUCACUGUGAUCACAUAAAUAUAAUUCUGUUGUUCUCCCUUUGGUACUGUAUUUUUGACCUUUACUAGCAUUGAACUAUAUGUAUUGUUCGUUCGUAAAAAUUACUCUUAUCGGAGGUUUGAAUGCUAACUUUGUGCUAGUUAACAUUCAUGAAUAGAGAGUAUCUAUAAUCUAAAUGCGAACUGAUGCUCUUCAAAGGAAUCAAACCUACAUCAGCUAUUGUUACGUUAGUGUCAUUGAUCUAUUUUAAUCGUGAGUAAAAUGUAAGCUGUAGAUGUUGAAUUUACCAUAUUUCACCUGUGUAUAACUACCUAUAUGAUUUGAAGCCUAUCUGAAUAAGUGAUAUGUUUAACUUACUAGACAUUUGUUGACUGUUCGCUCAUUUAAUGUGCACAAAUAGUUGGACAACACAUACUGUUCAAUUAUAUCAUUAAUUAAUGUCAUUCAAUAUCUGUAUUUUGUUAACCAUCAUUUUCAUUUCUGAUUUCCAUUUCUUCACUUCCUUCCCUCUUCCCAAAUAUGAGAUGGUCGAUGAAUACUUAUCAUUCAAGAAUAUGCGCAAAAUAAUUAGUGACGGAGAAGAAAUUCAAAAACCACCGAAAUUUGUCGAAGAAGAUCGAUUAUUAGAUGGAUGUUUUAAUUCAACUGAAUUCAAUGAAAUCUGUGCUCAACAACGUGAAAAAGCACAUUCAGUACGUGCACAUAUGGCUGAAGUAUUUGAUGAUAUAUCAUCUUGUGACUUCUAUCUACAUGAUAUGUCUCCACCUAUUGCGAAUGGUCCAAAAAAAAUACAAGGGCGUGAAAAUUUCAAUCCUUCAUCUGUCAGUGAUACAGUCAAUAAUAAAUUCAAUUCUGAGCAAUUCAAUGCCAAUAUUGGUUUACCUAUUGGCGCUGGUAAUCGCACUGGCGACUGUAGUGGUGGUAUAAAACUAUCGAAGAAAUUAAAUAAAUCAAGUCAAGCUGUUUGGGAACGUGAAUUUGGAUCAUUGUUUUUUGUUUAAUUCAUCAAUCAUUCCCUUUUCUUUUUACAGAGGUUCUCACUUUUUUCGGUGUUGUUCCGUCUCCGUUAUGUCCUCAUUCUAUGUUCUUUCCUUUUCAUUUAUCAUAUUUUGUUUAGAACGAAUACGAAAUCAAUCUCUUUUUGCGUGUUUGCCACUUUUAUGUAUUUCCUUGUUCUUUGUAAAAUUGGAAAUAAUCUCAACAAUAUUCACUGACUAUUUUUUUGUUUAAAAAAGAAGUGUUUAUUACAUUGAAAUGGAAAAAGUGCAACAAAAUUUUCUUCUUGGAAUCUGUUUCAACUUUGAAGUUAUGAUGCAUCUAUACACACAUGGCUGACUUCAUGUGUUGGUGUUUUUCACCCUUUGUAGUAAACAGUAAAAUCAUCAACAUUAUUAUUAUUGUUCCUAAAACUAAUAGUGAAUUAUUUUUGUUUGUUAUUUUAAAAAAAAACACAACUGUGAUCUAUUCUCUUAUUUGUGUGUAUGUAUGUCUAUGCGAGUGUGCUUAUACUCACGUGACUAUUUAGUUUAGUUACUUGUACAAAGGAGUUGAAUUUAAAUAAAAAUGAACAAUUAAAAUUACUCGUAGUAGUUUAUGAUUAUCCUACUUUUUCUCAUAGUUGGCUAACUUUCGGUUUUUCGACCAUUUAAAACUGAGUAAAGCAAUAAUGACAAAUUCAUUAUGUAUAUUUCCCAUUGAUAUCAUUAUAAGUGGCUUGUAAUUCGUUAUCCCAAAUAUACAUAUAUAGCGAGAGAGAGAGAGAUGCAUAUUAAAUCUAAAUCUAAUUAUGUACAGAUACAAACUGAGUCAUAUAUGAUGUGUGUAUUUGUUUAAAAGAGCAUAAUGAUUUUCCAUUAUUGUCAUCAUGACUAUUUAACUGUUUCACUCUUUCCAUUUCAAUAGAUUUUGUAACAUGUUAAUGAUAAUGAUGUGUGUAAUUGCUUAGACAAAUCAAUUAUUACAAUGUUGAUUGACAAUUAACAAUUUGUUUUAAAAUAUUCGUUCGAUUUAUUUAUUACUUUUAUAGAUAAUUUUUAUCUAUUUAUCUUUCAAAUAUUUAUUACUUUAUAGUGAAAUAAAAUAAGUAGUAUACUGUAAACUAGUUGGAUUUUACUAUAUUAUAUAAUUUAGUG